AUGUGGGGCUCUGCGCGGAGCACGUGCGCCUCGCUGCUGCUGUGCUGCAUCGUCGUCGCCUCCGCGGAAGAUGACGUGCAGAUCGGUGUGGUGUGCAGCGAGCCGGAGCGGGCAGCACGGUUGGCGGCGGCGGCAGACGCAGCGCUGCGGUGCUCCGAGCCCUGCGCCCGCCUGCUGUCUGUCGAGCCAAGAGAGCCACUCGCUCUGCCGCAGGCCGUCUGCGAACAGGCGGGGUCGGGGGUGGUGGUGGUGGUGGGCGAUGCGGCGGCGCUGCCGGCGGCGGCGCGCGAGGGGCUGCCGCUGCUGCUGCCGGCCGGCCGCCCGCGCCGCGACGCGCCCGCCGCGCUGCAGCUGCUGCCGCACCCUGACCUCAUCGCGCAGGCGUGUGCAGACGUAUGUGCGGCGAAGGGCUGGCGCACCGCAGUGCUGCUGCACGAGGGCGGCGCAUCGGAGGCUGCGCGACUCGCGCGCGCCGGCCUUGACGUGGUGCCGCGCCAGCUGCCGCCGCCACAAGACUUCGCGCUGCUCAGAAACUUACUGCUAGUUCUGAAGAAGUUUGGUGCGACGAACUUCAUAGUAUGGUGCGAUGCGGACUGCGUGAUGCGCGUGCUGGAUGCAGCGCAGCGCACGGGCCUGCUGGGCACGCGCCACUCCUACGUGCUCCUGGCCCUCGACAUGCACACGCGCCACCUCGACAGCUACAGCCACAGCGGUGCCAACAUCACCAGUUUGCACCUGUUUGACCCCGAGUCAGAGCAUAUAAAAGAAGUGAGCGAGCAGUGGCGGGAGGCUUACGCGCGGCGGUUGCCAGCGGUGACGGGCGAUGAAGGCGUUGAUGAGGGCGGUGAGGAAGGCGGUGAAGAGGGUGGUGAGGACGACGGUGAUGAAGGCGGUGAGGAAGGCGGUGAGGAGGAGAGCGAGUGGGUCGCGGACGCGGCGGCGGCGAGCGAGCUGGUGCUGACGCGGGACGCGGUGGCGGCGGCGGCGGAGGCGCUGCAGCACCUGCGCCUGCCGCCCGCCCCGCCCCCCUCCUGCACCGGCUGCUCCGCCUUCCACGCCGACACGCUCCUUAACUUCUUACGCUCGGAGGAGUGGGCGGGGGCGGGCGGCACGCUGCGCUGGGCGGGCGGCGGCGAGCGGCGCGCGGGCUCGCUGGUGGUGUGCGAGGUGCAGCGCGGCGGGCGGCCGGCCGCCGUGGCGCGCUGGACGCCGCUGGCGCGCCUGCUGUGGCGCCGCCGCGACCCGCCCGCCGCGCCGCCGCCCUCCGAGAUCAUGACCAACCGCACCUUCAACGUGCUCAUCGCGAUGAGCGAACCGUACAUCAUGAAAAAGCAGUCGUCGGACCGGCUGUCAGGCAACAGUCGCUACGAAGGUUACUGCAUCGAGUUGAUCGACAAGCUGGCCAAGUUCUUAAAUUUUAACUACACGUUCAUAGAGCAAAAAGACGGUGCUUACGGUACAUACGACGCACAAAAAGGAUGGAACGGGAUGAUACGACGCCUCAUGGAUGACCCGGACAUGGACUUUGCAAUCACGGACCUGACGAUCACAGCGGACCGCGAGCGCGCCGUGGACUUCACCACGCCCUUCAUGAACCUCGGCAUCAGUAUCCUGUUCCGCAAGCCGAAACCGCCGGGGCCGGAUUUCUUCGCGUUCCUGCUUCCUUUUUCAAGCGGAGUGUGGGUGUGCUUAGGAUUUGCCUACUUAGGAACGUCACUGGUGCUGUACGUGGUGGGACGACUGUGUCCCGAGGAAUGGCAGAACCCGUACCCUUGCAUCGAGGACCCGCCAGUGCUGGAGAACCAGUUUACUUUGUCCAAUGCGCUAUGGUUCAACCUCGGAGCUGUUCUGCUACAGGGCUCUGAGAUUGCCCCCGUCGCGUACGGCUCGCGCGCGGUGGCCAGCGCCUGGUGGCUGUUCGCUCUGGUCAUCACAAGCUCUUACACAGCCAACCUCGCCACGCUGUUGGCCAAGAAAAACCCCACUGACCUUAUCCACAAUGUACAGGAGCUCGCCGACAACCCGUACGACAUCGAAUACGGCGCCAAGGAUGGUGGCUCCACGUAUAAGUUUUUUGAGAUCUCACAAAAUUCGCUGUACCAACGGAUGUUCCAGAAAAUGAAAGAUCAGAAGCAGCCGGAUUCGAACCCCGCUGGCAUUGAGAAAGUAAGAAAUGAGAACUACGCAUUUUUGAUGGAGUCGACUUCCAUCGAGUACAACAUCGAGCGCUUCUGCGACAUCACCAUGGUGGGUGAUCUGUUGGACAACAAGGGAUACGGAAUUGCUAUGAAAAAGAAUUCGCCGUACCGACAGGCGAUGAAUCUCGCGCUGCUCAACCUACAGGAGGCGGGUGUGCUGCGCGAGAUGAAGCAACGCUGGUGGAAGGAGAUGCACGGCGGUGGCGCUUGUAAGGAGGAGGAGGAACACGGCGGCGUGGAGUUGGAGAUGGACAGCUUUGUGGGGUUAUUUGUAGUUCUGGUGGUGGGCUGCGCUCUGGGCAUUGUCGUGUCGUUUUGCGACCUGGCGUGGGCGGCGGCGCGGCACCCGCGCGACCCCUCCGAGUCGUACUCGCGGCGCCUCUGGACCGAACUGCUGUUCGUGUUCAGCCUCGAUCGGUCAGAGAAGCCAUUGUACGGGCCGCUACUGCCGCCAAGUCCACAGAGCUCAGCCACCGCGGACUCGGCGCACACGGAAUUGGGCUCGCUGGUGGCGGACGAGGCUAGAGAGGGGGAGGACGAUGGUGAAGGGGAGCAUGAUGGGGAGGGCGAAGGGGAGGUGGGGUCGCGGUCGCCGCGUUCGCCGCGGUCGCCGCGGCCGCGCGCCCGCUCCAGCGCGCGCCGCUCGUCCAUGCACGCGGCCAGCCUGCGCCUCGCGCGCCACACCACGCCGCGCCCCAACAACUAG